AUGAGUGCAAAACCUGUGUACCACAAUCGCGCCACCACUUUCCUCGACGACGGCGAGAGUUUUCAGGCUGAUUUUGUUGUGGCGUGGCGGUACGACGACGAGCACGACGACACCCACUGGGAGCUACUCGGUCCACUGCUGGCUGUGCACAGUGGCGCGAAAACCCCGGUGGACGUGCACAAGCACGUGAGUGCCUCUGAAGGCAGUUGGCGGGCGAUGUUCCAUGUUCUCGGCCUGCAGUGGUCCGACCACAUAUUCCCACCCGUGAAAGCGGUACAAGCGAAGCUUCGCAAGACAGGCGUUGACGAGUCCUCGUGGCACACGCGCUUCAGCUUCACCUGCACAUCCCAGGCUUUAGUGUUGAUCUUGGCUCAGAAGGCUACAGCGGCGAAGGCAGAGGAGACGAGGGCGAAGGCUCGGGCCGCGAUGGAAGCCUGGCUGGCACAGGUGGUGCACUUCCGCGAUUUCAAGAUCGCCUUGAACGAGUGCUUUUCGGAGUCUGCCGGGGCUUGCAACCUGGUCGUGCAUGAAGGCUACUGCCAGCACAUGCGCGCCAUCGACAAGGACCUUGGCGCAGACGACGGCCGGAGGCCGUUUCGCGGACCCGUGUGGCUCUUCGUCGCGACGCUGCAAAAGAUCUACGAGUGUCCGGCUGCAAGGGCUGUCGUGCUCCAUUUCUGCGCGAGGCUCGCCAGGAUGAUCCACAGCUCGGACGACAACCGGGGCUCCACAAAUCCUUUGAAGCAGGAUCGAGUCGUCGCCGGCGGUCGCAAGAGGCGUUGGCAUGAAGGCUUCAAGGCCGAAGUGACCCAGGGCGUGGUCCAGAAGGAGAAGGCGUUGACCGGGCUGGGCGCCUGCAAGCUCGAGGGUUGCGACGAGCGGCGCUUGCGAGAGUGGCAGGACAAGCAAUGCUUGUCCACGAUGGCCUGCAGUCAUCGUCUCUUGGGGGACGCCGUGGGCACGUUCAGCAUGUCGGAGGAUGGCGCUCGCUUGGGGUGCCCUGCCGUGGAGACAAAAGUGUACGCCAUGUACCACCGGGGUCAGAGCGUCGCCCUCUGGUUGCCCAACCAGGCGGUGAAGGAGUGGAGGGGCAUGAAGCACGACGGGGUGGGCUUGGCCAGUGAGAGCGUGGCAAAGUGGAAGCAGCGGUUGCAGGACUUUUUCAAGGGCGAGGCAGAGCGGGCGAGACCGUCGACCCGCAAGAGCCUCGGGGACCCGAACUUGGCGAACCAGCACGACCUCCAGGCGUGGGACCAUGCGUUACUCGCAGGCGUGGGCCGCGGACUAGCCAAGUUCCGGGCAGCUCGGCCCUGCCUCCCCCUGGGUCCUGGUGAGGCGAGGUUCUGGGUUGAUCUCGCGACCCUCCCCGAGGAUCUUCAGGCCGCGGCUGCGGGUCGCACCCGAAGGGCGGCGGUCCGCGCGGCCGACGGAUCAACUCGCUUGGAGUGCGUCUGGAGCGAGCCUCGGUGCAUCUUACACUCUUGGCUCGACAUGGGCAGCGUGGGGUGGGUGGGGAAGCACAUCGCCUACGGGCACGGCAACGUACGGGGCACUUUCGGCAACGACCCGUCGCACCGGAGAUGGGGCAACACCUUGAACAGCCUGUCGGCGGCCGGGCUUACCCUGUUGAAACUUGAGGCGGGCUUGGUGCAGACUUUCUUGCUUGGCCCGUGGCACAUGGACGGGAACUUUCGCAAGGUGGAGGAGGCCGCGCAGGAGUGGCAUGCGAGCUCUGACCACCGCGAUCUGCUGUUCGUACACCUGUACCCCCGGAUCGUGCGGGACCUCAACCAGGGCGUCUUGCCCGCGGAGUUCGGCAGCGACGAGCACAUCAAGAGCACGUGGGACGCUUUGCCAGAGCAGCUGGUAUUUUGGAGGAGAGGUGCGAGCAUGAAGCUGAACAGGUGGUUCCAACUGACGAAGCGACAUGAUGCCUUUGAGCCCUACUGGGGUUGCCUCCUCGCGGUGUGCUCCUACAUCUGCUUGCAGCGAGGCUUGUACACGCACGUCGACUGGGCCCCGUUCUGCGCGCAUGGCGAGAGUGCCGCAGACGGCGUCGGAGCCCCAUCGCCGGCCGUAUCAAUGGCGGCGUCUUCCUCGUCGGCGCCUGCCCCGCCGGCGAGGUCCGUGAAGCACUCCAACGAGGCCAUCAGCAAGCUCCGGUCGGAAUGUGCUGGUGGCUUUCACAUGGCGACGACCAUACUAGCCAUGGACGAGGUCAGGGCUUUGAUGACAGGCGUCACAAUGCUGGUGGAGGAGAUUUGCGAGGAGCACGGCAAGACAGUAACGAUCAUGAAGACGCGCAGGGGCACCAAACAGUGGCGCUGCGACAUGGCAUCGGGCACUUCCAUGCGCCACUUGGCGAACACGGUCGAGCUCGUGUCUUCGGCCAGGCUGUGCAGCAGGGUCGGUUUGACUUUGCAGAAUGUCCCGGCCCUCCGAUAUGCGGACGAGGUCGCCAACCGAGUGGUCGUGGCGUUGGUGGACUACGUCCGGGAGCUGUUGUUCAACGAAGUCAUAUUCUCCCUUUCCUACGCCCGUGACUUCCCGAAUUGCUUGGUGGCUCUGGUCGACCCCGACAGCGCCAGGCGCGCCGCCAUGGCAGAGUGGUGUCGGCAAGUGUGGGUGGCUUUGGAGCAGGCAGAGAAGGCCGCGCAAGGCAUUUCGUGGCUGCGUACGUUCCUGCACAGCUUGGUCUGGCCGCAGCACACUUGGGUUCGCGAGGUGCUGAUCUCCCUGGGGGAGACGUCGUGGACGACGCUGCCGGCGGACACGUGGAAAGAGGUGGACGACUACGCACACGGUCUGGCGGGCACCAAAGCGAACGAGGACCUCUUCAACGUGAGCAGGAAGCACGGGCGGCUGUCCUCCUCGGGCAAGCUGGGCGGGCCAGCCAUCUGGCAGCGCUCCUUGGUGUCCCCCAUCCUCAGGGACAACGACUUGCCUGUCAUUGACCCCGCCGUUGCCGACGAGAUAGUCGGAUCGACCCUCCAUGAUGGCAAAGUGCCCUCGAGCGCGUUCGACUCCCGGUCCCUCCAGGUGGGUGACUUCAGCUUGGGCGGGCAACUACUGACCGACUUCGUGAAUGGUAAGUUUCCGUCAACAACGUCCGCGGAAAGAUUCAUGCAGAAGUCGAUGGCAGUAGAGUGUCUCCGCUUGGUUGCCCCGAACUGGGGGGCGCUGGAGAAGGCCUGGAUAUCUCGCUUGGUUGUCCCUGGCCAGGUCUUGGUGCGCAAGUCGGGGGAGGGGGAGCCGAAGUCGAAAGGUGUCUUCGUUCUCGGGGUCUCCGACUUCGGAGUGAUCGGCUGGCGUUUGAAGGGGCAGAAAGUCAAGGGCGUUUUGUUUCUCCACCUGAAGCCGCCUGGGGCCGAGCAGGAUGUCGCGAGCUGGCACAGCUUGCCGGUGACUGUGAUGCCGCCCCACAUCGCCAAGCAGCGUUUCCAGUUCGGUGACGACGUGCCGCGCUUCUGCCUGGGGAUCGUGUUGAUCAAGGAGCCCGGGGCGUACGCGGUGCCUCUGCUGCUCGCGAGUGCUCGCCGUGGCUUCGCUGGCAUCACAACGCCGCGGAUGCAGAUGAUCGUGGACAUGUACCAGGUGCCUUUCACGGGCAGGCGACCCACCACAGAGCGAGACGUGGCGACGUUACUGAUCAAGUGGCAGUUGCCAGAAGCGAGCGAGGAGGAGGUCCAGAGCUGCUUGGCGCAUCGUACGUUCAAGAAGAAUGUGCGGGAUUCUGUGUUAUGCGAGGAGAACGCCGACGCCGUGGUAGGCCUCCUCGCCGAGGAGGACGCGGCCCUCGUCAAGGAGGAAGCGAAAGAGUCGGCGAAGAGGGCAAAGAAGAACGAGACGUCGACAGCCGCAGACGCGGGCAGCGCGAGCUCUGAGAGCAAGCCCUCGGGCGGCGCUGCCGCCGCGCACCCCUCGGGCGGCGCUGCCGCCGAGGCCCAGCCUGCUGGCAAUCGCAUCCCGGAGGGGGCCAUAGAACCGGAGGAGGUGAGGGCGUACCUCCCAAAAUCCAAGGGAAUUUGGAUGGGCUUGCACACGAAGCGAGCGUGGCAGAUCAAGUAUCCGAUGCGGCGGAAGACGCCCAGGAGCCAUACCGCGACUUUCGGCGUAGAUGACGAGGGGCAGACGUACCGCACAUGCAUGCUGACUUGUUUGCGGUGGGCUUGGGAUGUCCACAAAGAGACCACCGGUGAGGAGAGCCCCUGGGACAUCCCCCCAGGUAAAUAG